CACCGGUUCUUUUCAACAACAUGUCGGAAAGUGGUUGUGCAUUGUGAACUAUUAUAAUAUUUAAUCCUUAGUAAAUACUAGUAGAUUUCCUUAAAUAUACCCUUUUUAGUAUAUAAUUAAUGAUUAGCAUUAAUGUAAUAAAUUACAUUCAUAAAAAAUAUGUGGGGCAUCUUACAGGCGUUCACUCAUUGCAUUGCUCGGAAUCAGUACAUUUUAUAGAAGUUCUCUUCUCUCCUGCCUGUUGUUCAUCAGGUGACUAGUAAUUCAUAAGUAUCAAGUCACCAGUGAACUUUAAAAUAAAUAAUAAUUUUUCGGAUAACGCUAGCUCACAAGAUGGCCGACUGUUAUUCGUAAGAUAAUGUCUGGUGCGUCUGGUUCAGGGAGUGGAGCGGGACGCGGCCGGGGCUCCAGCACUGUAGCAGACAGCAAAGAAAAGGAAAAUAAACCCAACCCUAAAAUGUCGAAAGCCCUGGGCACAUCAGCGAAGAGAAUCCAGAAGGAACUAGCAGAGAUCACACUAGACCCCCCUCCAAACUGCAGUGCAGGCCCUAAAGGAGACAAUUUGUAUGAAUGGGUGUCAACUAUUCUCGGGCCUCCUGGAUCAGUAUAUGAAGGAGGUGUUUUCUUCCUCGACAUACAUUUUUCACCAGAAUACCCUUUCAAACCUCCUAAGGUGACAUUCCGGACUAGGAUAUACCACUGUAACAUCAACAGCCAGGGGGUGAUAUGCCUGGACAUACUCAAGGACAACUGGUCCCCUGCACUCACUAUUUCUAAAGUCUUACUAUCUAUUUGUUCCUUGCUCACUGACUGCAAUCCAGCGGAUCCGUUGGUGGGCAGCAUCGCGACGCAGUAUCUGCAGAACCGCGAGGAGCACGACCGCAUCGCGCGCCUCUGGACCAAGCGCUACGCGACAUGAUCGCCCAGCCAGGCCCACUCAUACUCAGCCCAUACCAUUCUGUUCUCUAAAUCAACCCUCCACGUUAAUAUAAGCUUAAAAUGUUUAACAGUAACCCGUUUAGCAUAUUUUGCAUAAUUAUCGGCGUCCCGGACGCGACUCCCGACAGUGAAGGUGCGCGAUGUGCGUGUUUUUUGUAAUGGCUUAUUCAUUUUUUUGCAAUUAAUGUGAUGUAUAAACAAGCUUAAAAUUGUCCAAAACUAAUGUAGGCCUUAUUUUCUAAUUGAUCUUUUUUUUCUGUUAAUUGUUUCUUAUUGUAUGGAUACAGAAUAAUUUUCUUAAUGAAUUCGUAAUUUUAGGUUUUACCAGUGAAUUUUGAGUCAAUUUUCCGCGAUGAUGCGAUGAUCUCAGACACUUUACUGUUACUGCUUAUGUUUUCUGUCGGACUAUCUCUGGCAGACUUCUAUGUAAUAAAUUAAUAAUAAAUCGUAGAUUAUCACUAUAACGAUUUUUGAUUUCAGGGGUAUUACAUUGAUUUUGUGUGAUAUAUAUAAAAAUGAUAAAACACGCCUGGCGUGGCUUAAAAUUGAAUCAUACCAUAUGCCUAUGAAGCAUGGUUCAGAUUUGCUGCAUAAACAUACUUGGUUGUAAUGUAUGGAAUUACAUGUUGGAAACUAUACCAUCUGUUAUAAUUCCACUAGCGACCCGCCCCGGCUUCGCACGGGUAGUUCAACUAAUUUACACAAAACCUUUACAAAUUAUACAUAUAAACCUUUCUCUUGAAUCACUUUAUCUAUUUAAAAAAAACCGCAUCAAAAUCCGUUGCAAAGUCACAGAAUAUAUAAAAGUACUAGGUAGGUGGCGUAGUUUUAAAGAUCUAAGCAUACUUAGGGACAGACAGACAGCGGAAAGCGACUUUGUUUUAUACUAUGUACUGAUACAUUACAACAAGCUUUUUGUUUAGGAAGACUGAACAUGCUGCUUAUGCGUCUGGUGCGGUUCGGCCUUUAUUUUAAGUCGAAUUCCACCCUCUAUAGCUCACUUAUUUUUUUGCACGUUAGUCUGCAUUUACAUAUAUUAUGCCAUACUGGCCAAGUGAUAGUGUACUAGAGGGCAGACCUAAAAGAAGGAUGAAGUAUGGACUCCUGAUUACUUUAAAUCACCCUAAUAAUUAUUUUUACUUUUAUACAAGGUACAAAUAAUUGAUUUAUUGUUGAAGUCUCCAGUUACCGAUGACCGAAGAAUCAUUUUAUACAUACAUGAUCCCCUCUGCCAUAUGUGACGCGCAAUUUUUAUAACAUAAGGCCAAAUGUGCCCAUGUCAAGUUUGAGUGUAUGCUGGGAUGACUUUAUUCAUAACAAAUAAAUAUAAUUAAUUAACUACAUACUCGAUGUUUCCUAAAAUAUGUGAUGGUCAUAUUUUGAAGUUGUUGUAUUGCCUUAAUUUGAGUGACAUUUUUGAGUCUUUAGAUAGGUUUUUACUUGGUCCUAUUGUAUUCAAAUAGAUAGUAAAUUUCUUUGAAAUUCAAUCUUAGGUUGCGUAUUUUAAACUAGUUUUCUUUAUUUGCGUGCAAUGGUUGAUAAAAUAGUCACUCGUUUUUGAAAUAUGGUAAUCAUAAUGAAUAUAAAAUGACUGAUGGUCCAGCAAUAUUUCCAAAUUACUCUAUAUUAAGUAUUUCAUAGUUUGUUUGCAGGAUUGCUUUAUCGAAUCGAACAGUGAUUGGACAAUAUAGAUUCAUUACUUCACAAAAUAAACAUAUCAAGCUUUGAUUCAAUAGUGGGUGAUUUGAUUACUUUCCUCGCGGAUUCCCGUCGGAGUGAGGUUACGGCUUCCGAAAAGCGCACUCAGAUGUGCCAAAUCAGUCCAAGCGCAUGACCACUUCUCUGUUAUCAUUACUCCAUGUAUUUUUUCUAACAUAUUCCGUUUAGCAUGUAAACAAUUAUUAGAAAUAAGUUAUUCUACUAUUUAGGUAUGUGUAAUGUAUGUCUUAACCAUAGUUCUAAUUAAAAUUAGCUGUGUAAUGAUUUUAGUGGGAGGAGUAUGUCGCGCGUAUCUGAAUAUAUUGACGAUCCCGUAUGGAAUGGAAGACAUUCGUUAUUUUUGAUGAAAUCGGUGAUAACAUGGUGUAACUGGUGCUGUGAAGUUCACAUGCUUGCGACAUACAAUAGAUAAUCGAAUACUGGGACGGUAUUCAAGACUGGAUAUUUUUGUCAAUGUGAUUUUUUAAUUAUUUUGUACUAUGACUAUGUUGCUUGCAAACGACAGCUGUAUUAAACGCGACUGAGGUUCCUCUGAAUGGGUUAUUCUCACUAGUUACCACCAAGUUGUUACCAGUGGUAACUACUGGGAAUUCUUUUCCCAGUAAUUACCACUGGUAAAAGGUAGGAUUUUUUCUCCCAGUAGUUACCACUAUAAUUUUGUUAAGAGUUCAACACUAAUAAAAACAGUUAUUGUAUAAAUAUAAGAGUACUUUAACGCAUUCACUGCCAGGGGGCGUGGCCUAGGAACAAACUUGUAUGACGGUGAACGCACAUGUGCUUUGGGGGCAGUGAAUGUGUUAAUAAAUAAUUAUAAGUCAAUUAUUGUUUCAUUAAACUGCCUUAAAAGUGAUUAAAAUAUCAAUAAAAACAGUUUUACCGGUACAAGUGCAAAAACUAAAUUAAUCAAGGAGAAAUUAACGAUUAGAUGAAAUUUAUCUUAUUGUAUUUUGAAUUAAUUAUACGAAAGAACAAACAAAUUAGUCAAAACCGACUAUUUUUGAUCACUUUAAGGCAGUGUACUGGAACACUAAUCGACAUAUCAAUACCGUUUUUAUUAGUUUUGAACUAAACAAAAUUUUGGUGGCAACUACUGGGAAAAAAAAUUCCAACCUUUUUCCAGCAGUUACCACUGGUAAAAGGUGGGAAAUAUUCCCAGUUGAUACCACUGGUAACAAUUUGGUGGUAACUAGUGGGAAUAACCCUCUGAAUCAAUUGACUUCGGGCCCUUGUAACCAUCCUCUGUUACAAUUUGUAUCACGGUAUAAAAUAGAAAAAAAUAAAAUUGUGUGUAACUAGAACACC